GCAUAAAUUACUGCUAGAUUUCAGUGAACUUAGUUUGUAGACGGAGAACAGUCAAGAUUGUCAGUUCGGUGUAGACAGCGAUGUUAAACACAUUAAAUUUUAAACUUGUGACGGCAUUCGGGCUUGCUUGUCUGUUAGUGAGCCUAAAUGGCGGCGCUGCAAAAAAAAUUAACCGGUCCUUCACCAUUGACCAUUCGGCCAAUACCUUUUUAAUGGACGGUUCGCCAUUUCGUUAUGUUUCGGGGUCGUUUCAUUACUUCCGUGCUUUGCCUCAAGUAUGGGAAGAACGUUUGAAGACAAUGCGUGCAGCCGGCUUAAACGCCAUUGAUACCUACAUCGAGUGGUCUUUGCAUAACCCGCAUGACGGCGUCUACGACUGGGAAGGCAUUGCUGAUAUUGAACGCUUCUUAGAAUUGGCACAGAAAGAAGGUUUCUACGUAGUACUACGGCCGGGUCCAUACAUUUGUGCGGAACGUGAUAAUGGCGGUCUGCCACAUUGGCUCUUCACCAAAUAUCCUGAUAUUAAGGUGCGUACCAGUGAUCCCUACUACCAAUUGGAGGUAAGCAAAUGGUAUGCGCAAUUAAUGCCACGCCUACGUAGGUACCUCUACGGCAAUGGUGGUCCAAUUAUAACGGUACAAGUAGAAAACGAAUAUGGCGCCUUUUAUGCCUGCGAUGCAAAACAUUUGCUUUGGCUACGCGAUGAAACCGAAAAAUACGUGCAAGGAAAUGCAGUGCUCUUCACCACGGAUCAACCUAAUAACGGUUUGAAAUGUGGCAAAAUUGAAGGCGUACACGCGACAGUUGACUUCGGAAUAGGUACCAACUUCGAUGAACACUGGCGUGCAAUGCGCAGCGUCCAACCCACAGGACCGUUAGUAAAUUCUGAGUUCUACCCGGGUUGGUUAACCCACUGGGGAGAGGAAAAUCAAAGACGUGAUGGCAUGGAGGUGGCAAAUUCAUUGAGGCGUAUACUCGAAGCUGGCGCUAGUGUAAACUUUUACAUGUUCUUUGGUGGCACCAACUUCGGCUUCACAGCUGGCGCUAAUAAUUACGGUGCAGAUUACGUUGCUGACAUCACUUCAUACGAUUAUGAUGCUGUGAUGGAUGAGGCGGGCAAUGUCACAAAGAAAUUCGAAAUGAUACGCAAAGUUAUAGCUGAUUUUAUCGACGUGCCACACGAAGAAGCUUGCAAUGGUUGCACAAAGACACAACGUUUUGCUUACGGUAAUGUAACGCUCAAGCCCGUGGCUAAUUUACUCUCAGAAGUAGGACGCACCACAUUGGCGAAAGGUGAACCAGUGUCAGCUGAAAAGCCACUCACAUUUGAGAACCUCGAUCAGUACUCUGGACUGGUUUUGUACGAAACUGAAUUGCCACAUUUGGAAAUCGAUCCCACCGUGCUCACAGUAAAUGAACUGCAUGAUCGCGCUUUCGUUUAUGUCGACAAUGAGUUGGUUGGCACGUUGUCGCGUAAGAACGGUAUUUUGUCGGUGCCAUUAAACAAAGGUUGGGGUAGCAAUCUACAGAUAUUGGUCGAAAAUCAAGGACGUAUCAAUUAUGAUACUAUGAACGAUACCAAAGGUAUUUUGGGUUCGGUAACAGUGGAACGUUUCAACGGUCAGAAACAGGAGCUCAAGAACUGGGUUACAACAUCAUUCCCGUUGGAAAGUGAACAAAUAGUAGCAGCGGCCUUUAACCGUGAAAUGAGAGCCGAUGUUGUUACGAAAAGUAAAAUUUUAAGAAAUGGACCCAUGUUAUAUCACGGCGAAUUCACGAUCGAAAAACUCGGUGACACUUAUCUAAAUCCAACUGGCUGGGGCAAGGGUGUGGCAUAUGUGAAUGGCUUUAAUUUGGGACGUUAUUGGCCUUUGGUAGGACCUCAAACGACAUUAUAUCUGCCGAAAGAUUUACUCAAGGUUGGCGUGAAUACGUUGGUUCUUUUGGAAUACCAACGAGCUAACUUAGAUGAGGUGAAUGGAGAGUAUAGCGUGACACUCGACGACAAACCCCAGUUGGAUGGUUAAUUGCAUAUUAAAGAACACUUUGUUAUUGUUGUUAUAUUUUUACUGAUUUUUUUUUUUUUCUUUUUUAUAUCUUAAAUGUUGAUAUUAAAAUAAAAUUAAUGUAUUCAUCUACA